AUGUUGCUAUGUUUUUGGAUUCUGUACUGGAAUGAUUACCAGUUACAAUGGGAUGUCAAAGACUAUGGGGAUAUCAGUAGUAUCCGAAUUAGACCAGAGCAUAUAUGGACACCUGAUGUAGUUUUGUUCAAUAAUGCUGAUGGCAAUUAUGAAGUAUCAUACAAACCAAAUGCAGUCAUUGACUUUGGCAGUAACAUUACAUGGAUUCCUCCAGCCAUUUACCAAAGCUCUUGCACUAUUGACGUAGAAUACUUCCCCUUUGACCAGCAAAACUUUAUUAUCAUUAAUAGGAAUUAUAGAACACCACGCACGCACAAAAUGCCAAACUGGGUACGCGUAGUCUUUCUUUACUAUCUUCCAAAAUUUUUGUUUAUGGAAAGGCCAGACCAUGAUGAACGCUGGCAGAAGAAGUCCAAGACCCCACCCCAAGUGGAAGAAGUGGCAAAUCCUGAACAACCUCGUCAUUAUUCAGCUGCCGCGAGGCGGGCGGACUUACUGGAGCUUCAUGAAAUCCACCAUCCAAAUUGUAAGCUCAACCCUAAGUCCACCUCCACGGAGUAUCUGAGACGGGAGCCUGAUGGGGCUGACCACUUCACUGUGUCACCACACAUCAUUCGAGCUUCAGAAGCCGUCAAGUUUAUCACACAGCAUUUAAAAAAUGAGGAUGAAUAUGAAACUGUUCUCGACGACUGGAAAUAUAUUGCUAUGGUUCUUGAUCGGCUCCUCUUGUACAUAUUUUUGGCUGUAACAUUUGGUGGCACUGUUGGCAUAUUAAUGAAUGCACCACACAUAUUUGAAUAUGUUGACCAGGAUGCCAUCAUUGCUGCUAUAAUGAAAGAUAAUAAAAACAAUACGGGAUGA